GCGUCGCGAUUCGCCCAUCGCGGUUAGAAUUUUCAGCCAGAAAACUCGUAUCUGGUUUGACUCCUCGGCCGCGUAAUCCUUCGACGUUGAAACGUCACUCUUGCCUGGCUCGCGCGAGGAUAGGAUUAGUACCUGUUACGAAAAUCCUCGAAACUUGUUUCUCCAUUCACGGAUAAUAGGCUGAGAGAUUCACAAGUGAUGGCUCUCUACGUAUUGCCGACUAGGGUGCUCGCCUUGGUUCUGGUCAUUGCAGGGGUGGCCUGGGCUCAGGGAAAUUUUAAUUACUAUCGGGAAAAACCUGGCUCGUGUCCACCUCCUUUGCCAGUGCAGAUAUGUUCCAGGUCUUGUCUCGUGGACGCUCAUUGCGAGAGUUAUGGCAAAUGCUGUCCUACGAGCUGCGGUGGAGCUGUGUGCUCUAGACCAGUUACUCAGCGACAACCAAAUAACUACGAAAAACCAGGUCUCUGCCCUAGAGAGCCUACUGGUAGAUGGAUAUGCUCAUCCAUGUGUACAAUAGACAGUGACUGCCGUGGGAUGAACAAGUGCUGCAAAAAUCGAUGCGGUGCUCUCGUUUGCCAGAAGCCGGAAGUAAAUAUUCCAGAAUCCGAGGAACAGCCGUUCGACGAGACUAACUUCCCGGCAUCUUCUAAUCCGUUCAUCGUAUUAAACUAAUGAGAGCUAGAUUCAAUGACGAAGUACAGUAGCUUAUAUUCAGGAACAGAAGAUAUCCGCUGGGUUUGAAGAACGAUGUAUUUAAUUACUUAUCACUACAGGACUGUUGAUAAGAGAAAUCGUAUAUGAUGUAAUAAGCGCAUGAUAUAAAAUACGACCACAGUACUGAGGUA